UGCCUCUGCAGCACUAUUAAGUCAAAGAGAGUAGGAGACUAUAACAGAAGACAACAUUUUUUGCAUUCUACGAAGAUGAAGAGAGAAGAAAUAGAAAGAGGAAUAGAAAACAGUAACAAGGUAGAUUCAGUUGCUCACGUGGGAAACAAGGUUUUGCCUAUAGCUGAAGAAAGAAGUGAAGGCACCUCAGAAAAUCCGGAUCAGAACAGAGGCGAUAGGAAGAAGACCAUUUCAAGGAUGAAAGAGCUACUUAGAUGGGCUGCGGCUGUAAAAACAGAGAAAGGACGAAAACUUAGUGGAAGGAAGGCACUGAGGUUCAGAAGAGGAGGAACCCUUAAAGCAGUUCAGGACGAUGGAGAAGUAAGCAAUGAGUCACCCAAGAUCAGUUUCGGAUGGGAAUUGGAAAGCUGCUCCACCACUUCCUCUGCCUUCUCAGCUAUCUCAGUAGCUUCCACGUCAAAAACUGAGCAAUCCAUACCUUCAUCGAUUUCUAACCCGCAUGAAGAAGUUGAUUCUAUCAUUUAUAGAAGGAAAGGCAACUGGAUCACAACAGAUUCUGAAUUUGUGGUGCUUGAACUAUGAAGAAGAAGCGGGGAAGGAAGGUGUUCCAUGCAAGGCUAGCGGUGAAAGUGCUAAAGAGAGAUCAACUUCAUCUAAUUAAUUACGUUGAAUAGAGAUCACCAAAAAGAAAAAGGUCAAUGGGUUUUGUUCGUUUCCAGUUUCCCUGAUCAGAAAGAGAUUAAGGGAGAUUCUUGCAACCGCUAGAAAAUAGAGAGAAGACGAGAGAUGUAGUAUCAUUGCCUCUUAUGGUCCAAAUACAGUAGGCAUGGGGUCAAAUGUAUCUUCCCAUGUGCAGGAAAUGGCAAAGCUCAUUAGGAGUUCGAUCAAGCACAUUAAUAAAUUGUUGACUGAUCUAGAAGAAGCCACGUGCAUAUGUUGUCCUUUUUGGUGAAACUGGAACAUAAUGCUUUUGUUA